GUGGGGGGGGUGUGGGGGGAAAUAUGGGGAGAUAAGUGAGAUACCAGCCGAGCUUUCGGGGUGGGGGGUGCCUGAGAGGAUAUGUGUGUGUGUGCGAGGUCUGGAUGGUGCUGUGCGUGUGGACUUGGAUCAGAGACGGGAGACACACGGAGGAGAGAAAAGCUCCGUGCUGGCACGACCCAGGCAAUCGGGUGACCUCUUUCUUCCUUCCUUCCUUCCUUCCUUCCUUCCUUUCUUUCUUUCUCGCUCUCUUUCUCUCUUUCUUUCCUUCUUGGUUUCUUUCUUCCUUUCUCCCAGCCACUCUCCCCCUCCUCCUCUUUCUCCUCGUCCCCUCUCGCUGCCCUCCUCGCCGCUGGCGAGGCUGGUCCCUCACCCCGGCUGUGGUGCCCCCACCGCGGCUCUCCUGCACUUGGGAUGCGGGGGUCCCCGGCGGCGUCGGGGCUGGGGGGCUGCUGGUGCCCGCAGGAGGUGGCUUGGAGGAGGACAGCGUUCAGCUGGAGAGCAGGAGCCAUUACACACGCUUGUGCUCUCCUUUGAGAGAAAGGAGAGCGAGAAGGGAAGAAAGGAAGGGGAAGGAGCCCACUUCUACUUGCUCAGUUCCCCGAUGUCCCUACCUUUAAACCAGGCAAGGGAGAAGGCGCUUUCUCCCCUGCCCCUUUCUCAACCCACCCGGAGCAGGUUUCUCCCUAUCUCUCCCCCUCUUUCCCUUUCUUUAUCUCCCUGUCCUCCAUUUGCAAGCUGUCUGCUUUGGUUCCAGUCCAGGCUCCACAACACAAAGCUUCUCCUCGCUCUCGCACACAUGCACACACACAGUCCACAGGCUCUUUAUGUCUUCUGGAGUAACCUUCUCCUUCCCCCCCCGUGCCCCCCGGCUCCCCUCAGCAUUGUGGUUUCUAUUCUCCUCACACAGAGAUCCUCCUGGAGCUUCAUGUAGUUGUGAUCUGAUAGGAUUCCUCCCCCGCUUCCCUUCACCUCCCUCUUUUUGGGGGAGAAAAAGGCAAAAGUUUCAUUUGUUUCUCUGGUGUUUGGAAGGGGAGAGACCUCCAAGUUUUGAGUGCUUUCUGCUCCUGCUUUUGUGUGUGCGUCUGUGGGGGUCUGUUUGCCUCAUGAAGCUGCUUGCAUGUCUAAGAGGAAGUGACUAGUUUGGCAGAGAGCUGUGAUCUGAGUCAGGUAAGCCAUGUCAUGUUCUCUAGCUCCACCAGAAAAUGGAGGAGAGAGAGAGUAGACAAAGCUGAGAUGGGAAGUGCUCCUAACAUUGUGGAUGUCUCUCCAUGUUUUGAGGCUUUGCUGGGCAGGAGCUGGCUUAAUCAUGAUUUUUUCCCCUAAGGUUUUCCCUUCAGAUUUUUCAAUGCACAACAUUGUGAUGGGUCUUCUCGCUGUCUUCAUGCUAUCAGGAAAUGAGGAUUGGAGGAAAUUGCUCAGAUUCUCCUUCACACAGAGAAACACAUCCUCAGGCUUUUUUUCUCUGAUGCUUUCAUGCGGAGGUCACCUUUCUAGAUAUUUUUCCUUGGUUAAAGACCACAGGAUUUUGGAGGUUGAUCAGUUGGCCAAGUAAAUAGAGUAUAUAAGCAUAUAUUUUUAGAUUUCUGAAAGUAUUUGGAGGUAAGUGCAUGCAGCUUGAGGCUGCUCAGGUUCUUCCAGAGGGUAUCAUGAAAUGUCUCUUUUUUUCCUAGGUGAUGAUGCCUAAUUUUUGGGAUUUUUAACAUCUCAUUUUCAAGAGCAUUCCUUCUUUUGGAUGUGUUUUAAAUUAAGAUGGAAUAUUUCUCCCCACUCAGUAGGUUGCAUUAAAGUGAUACUGGCAAGCUUUUAGUAGGUUCCUCAGAGCAUCAUAACAUACAUAAUUUCUCUUGGAAAAAGCAAAACAGUUUUCACAGCUGUCUUUUUGGUGUCAUAAAAGACUGUUUUUUCCUGAAAACUUACAGCAACAUUCUUAUUGUGAUUUUAAUGUCAUUAUGGAAACCUGAGAUCUUUAAAGCGAGAUAGCAGUUGAGCAGGGAUUCGUGUGCUUUGUUUUUAACCCACCUUUUAAUCUGAAGCAAUUUUGAGUAGACCCAAAGCAGGCCUCGGAUCUUUUCCCACCCCAUGAAAUCUGCACAUCAACUGCACAGUAGAUGCAGUUCCUCAAAAAGUUCAAAAUCCAUCCUGAAAUGCAUGAGGGGGAGGCUGGGGUGCGGUGCUGCUGAGCUUGAAGGCACAGCUCCAUGGAAGGGUGUCAGUGAUGUCCACACGCUGAUUAUUCUUAGGUGCUUAAGAAAAAAAUAUGGGAAGAUGUUAAGUGGCAGGAUGGGGGACCAGUGGAUCUGAAUCGGAACACCCUCCCAGAUGUGCAAAAAGCCAGAAAGAUUUGAGGAUUGCAGUGACGGGGUGGUGAGCUUGAGAUCCGUCUUAGAGGUUAAAAAUCAAUGUCCUUGUUUUAUUUUUGCUGUGGAAGAAGUGUUUUGAUGUGCAAUCUAAUAUACCUCGGAAGGAUAUUGCUUUAUCAACUGUGCAUUUCUUAAGUUCUGGUUGCUGAUGUGUCAUCCAAAAUUAUUGAGAUUCUCUGGUUGUCUCCAUCUUUCAGAAGAAGGCCAAGGAACAUACCAUUUCAGGUAUGUUUAAUCUUAUAUUUUGACAAAAAGAGAGGCUAACUGCUUUUGGUUUUGGGGUCUUGUUUGUUUGUUUUUGCUGUUGUUGUGGUAUUUUGGGUUUUUGUUACCUGAGGUGAUAUUUUUUUGAUGGACUUUUCAGUCUCUAAAAGAGGUCUAAGUCAGCCAUUGAAGAAAAAUUGAAAAAUUGCCCACUGAGCUUUGCUUAUUUGGGUCAGAUCCCAAAUACCCAUCCCCUAUAUGGACUGUAUGCAGAGUGCUUGUGCUUCAGAGCUGUGAAUCUCUUCUUACUUCUGGGGAGCUCAGCCCAGUGCUGGCACUACAGGGUGCCCUGCAGACACACUGCCCUUGAACGUGGCAUGUGCAAUCCAAGAGCAGCUCUGAGAUUUAAGAUCAGGAUCUUUUUGGGAGGGCCUCUUAAUGCCCUAGAAAACCAAACAACAUUGCAGUAGUUUUAAUGUUUUUGGGUUUUUUUUUGGUUGGUUUUUGGUUUUUUUCCUGGGUUUCCUCACUAUGGGACUGAAACCUCUUCAGAGAAUUAUACUCUUGUUAAUGGUGCUUCUUGCUGUGGUUUUGCCCAGACAGACUGAAGUUCACCUUGCUGUUAAAAUUCUAGCUGAAGAACUUAUAUUAAAAAAAAAAAUCCCCAAAACAACACAAAACAAUUCUACCCACCAAAAAAAAAAAAAAUCCCAAACAAACAAAAACCCCAAAACCCAUUGGUUUUUAAAGAAGCUCCAGAAAGAUGAUCUUAAUUCAUGCCAUGGUGGUGACAUGAAUGUUUCUCCUAGUCAGGCAAAAAUUUCUUCAUUCAGACAAUGGCUUUCAAUUGCUUUUGGUCUGGGGCAAUCUCUAAUAGAAAGAGUAAGCAUUGGUAGCUUAUUCUCCAGUAUUUACAUAUGCUUUUCUUAAUCAGUUUUCUCACACCUACUAGACAUAGCCUAUGAACCACUGCUUUUAAAAUAUUUAAAGAAUUCUUUGAUUUCGUUUUACACUUUCACUAGCCUCACACCAGGUUAUGUUGUUAAGAAACUCGAGAUGUCAUGUUUACAAUUUCCUUCCAUAAUUGAAAAUAUGAUUGCAAGAAGAAAACUAAGAAUACAAUGAUGUGUAUGCUUGGAGUGUGAAGAGUACGAGUACAUAAUGGGGUGCUGGAAAGGGAAAGGAGGGCAACUGCAAGUGGAAAUGGAAAAAAACAUGAUCAUUCCAAUCCAGUGACCUUUAUAACAAAAUUUGCUAGCAUUGUGCACUUUGACUUAAAAGAGGAAUUGACUUUUAUGAAGACCGAUAAAAGGAUGAUUAAAAAGAGAGUUGACAAGUAGAUGACUAUUGUUCCACAUAGAUGUCUGGACAUCUGGCAGAUGUUCCUCUGGGCCCCAAGGAAUGGGCAAGUUUAAUUUUAGCCUUAAAAAGGAAAUGGGAAGAACUUAAGUCUUAUAAUAGUAUAACUUGCAGUUUGAGGAAGAUUACUUCAGAAGAGCUCAAAAGAUGUCUCUUGAAAUCUGGAACUCUCAGAAACCCAGUGUGAAUUUAGCCUUUCCUAUUGGGUUUUCUCACUAUUCCAAACAACAUGUGUGGAGUUACAAUAUAAAUUGAGAUUACCUCAGUUUACUGAAACACUUUCUCUGUGUGAUGUUGUGGAUAAUUUCCUUUAAUGGGCAGAACAACACUGCUUUGAAGUAAGAAACUCCUUAAAAAGGACUUGAAAGUGUGAAACUGGUGAAUUGCUGUGUACUACUCAUUAACUAGUAUUGUCCCAUGUUGAAGCUUCACCAGGCAGACUUAGGGACAAAUACAAAAGUCCCCAGUGAAACAGGGAUUGGAAGAAGCUGCUGAUGGAGGAAUGAGGUCCUGCUUUCCGCAGAUCAGAAAAGGUCUACGAAGGCCAAGAUGUCUGUGUUAUUUUGUUUCCAUAUAUUUUGCUACACUUCCAAUCUAUUGUGGAAGAAAAAAUAAUGGAAAUCCUCCUUUAGCAUCAGGUAUUUCUCUUAUUUUGACUCUUAACAGAUAUUGUUCUACCUUGAAGUAGAAGAUCAUAUAUUUUAUGAACUUGUUCUGGAUGAAUAUGGUCUGCCACCAGUUCCAGAACUGUAUGAUUUGCCUAUCUUGCAUACUUGAUCCAAGAUGUGUUCAAGUAUGAACUUCUCAUUGCUGGCUUCAGCAGAGAUGUUGAACUUCAUCAGUCCAAAUGCCUGCUUGCUUUUCCAACAGUUGCCUCACCCCAGGGUACUAAACAAUCAAGAAGUCCAGGAGGGUGAGCAGGAGGUCUGCUCAGUGUUAACUGAGGAGAGAAUGAGAAAUUCCAUCUUACUCUUCAGAGAGCGAGAAUAAUUUUUGAGGGGGAGAGAAUAAAAGGAGUGUGAUGAGAGUGAAGGUUGCUUAAACAUCUGCUAAGUUCUCAGAGAGAGGAACUCAAAUUGUUUAAUCAGGAGGUGCCUGGAGAAGGUGGUGUGAUGCAAGUCCUCAGCUGCUGGCAGAGACACAGUUAACAUUGUACACGGUUGAACUUCAGCAUGGCACUUCUCCAAAUGAGUUGACUGUUGAAAAUAAAAUGUUCCAGAAGAACUGGGAGAACAGGAAAGAAGUUAAAAUAGCAUGGUUUGUAUGCCAGUGCUGAAAGAAGAAAAGGGGGGAGGAAGGGAGAUAGAUCGACUUAUGAUAAUUAUCUGGUUGGUUGUAGCAAAAAGAAGAAAAAAAUUGUCUUUAGUAGAAGUUUCCAAACUUGGGGGACCAGGUUUAAUAGAAGAGGUCUUUAUUUGUAUCCUGAGUUUUGGAAGUAUUCUUCUGCUUUCAGCUUGUGUUUGGGAAGUUCAACACAUAGGUAAAUACAAAGUCAUGUGAGUUCUCUUGUUUUUGGGUUCUGUUCUGUUUUGUUCUUUAGAUCUAAAGUCUGCCCCAAAGAUCUAAAAAGUCUGCCCCUCAUCUCUUGAGCUGUAUUAAGCUGUGCCAGAGGUUGCAGCACAAAUACAUCUCUGAAGGGAUUAGAGGAAGAGGAGAGAGUUUGAGAUGGGGAAAGGGGAGCCAUUGUGUUUGGUGCCUUACAGUUGAACACAAUCUUAGAUACAGUGUAAUUUCUUUUCCUCUGGGCUCUUUUCAGCUGUCUGGGAGUUGAAGGUCUUGGUGUAGUUGCUCUGGUCAGCUUCAGGCAACACAUGUUACUUCAGUAACUCAAAAUCUUCUGGCCUAAUCACUACUUGGAGGAACUUUUCUUUAAGUAGCGUUUCGUAAAGAGCUUUCCCUCCUCAUUGGUUUUGACUGCUUUGUAGUCAUUUUUGAGAUACCCUUGCUAUCAGAAGAUCACUCUGAAACCUAGCAGCAGUGCUAUACAUUGUAUUUUACCUUGAUCAAAAGUCUCAUCGUUUUUUGCUGGUUUUUGUGGUCCAUAAUUAUAAUUAUGGGCCUCCACAGCUGCUGUCUAGGGGGAAUACAGUGGGGUUUUGGCUUGGGCUAAAAGCAGCUUCUUAGGUAGAAGAUGUUAAGAUCCAUCAGGAGAAGCAAUUAAUUAAGUUGAGUUUAGCUGGUAAUUGAAAGAAGAUGGAAAUAGGAGACCUCAGGAUGUUCAGGAGUUGUUCUUGAGCGGAGUCAAACACAGUCUCUUAAAGAAUACUUGUUUAAGAGUGUCAGCAUAAAGAGCUGUAGGCGAAGCAUCAAUGUCAUGAGUGAUUAGGAAGGACUUAUUUAGAGCUUAUUAGGGUAGCAAUCAUUGCAAGACCAGUGUGCGUUGAGGACAAAUAAUUCUGGGAAAGCACUUGAUUCUCUGGGUUACUUCUAUUAGUUUUGAACCAGUUAAAUUAAGAAUUCAGUUCUUGACGUGUGUCACUUGUUACUUCCUGGUGGAAAAUAAGACCUUCUAAUUGGGAUUAUGUGUGAAGAAGCUAAGUGCUUGCAUUAUGUGACAGUGUUUUUCCUUCUCCUUCCAGUUCCAGGAAUAUGCAAUUAAUAACUUGAAGUCAUUUAGAUAAUGGGUGCUCAGCAGCCCUGGAUGUUGUAUUUGCAGCACUUGUUACAGAUGCAGGCUUUGUGCUGACCUGAAGAUUAGGAAGUGGGAUGUUCAUCAGAGCGGCAUUACAGUCGCUAUUAAAAAGGUCUGGAAAGGGGCCUGAGAACCCCAGCUGCUGUCGUGGUGUGGAGGAAGUCAGGCCUUCAAAGGAUACAAGGAUUAGAGCAUCAGGAAAAGUAAAUGGUAGCAUCAGCACAAGUAGAAAAUAGGCAGAGCUGAUCAGCAAACAGAAAAAAAGUAGGCUAAGGCAUGCCAUAAUUAUGUGCAGUGGAAACUUGCUGCUAAUACAGCAGUGGCAUGGGAUAGAGAGGCAGGAGAACGAUUUUUCAAGACAAAACAAAGCAGACAUUGCAGAGAAUGAUAUAGGAAGACUGAGGAUUCAGUGUGCUCGUGAUAAUGUGAAAGAGAAGACUUUGUUUUGAAAGAUGCUAAAAAUGGAAUCUUCUGAUGCACAUGUGGUCAGUGUUUCCGUGGCCUGGUAGGACAAUGGGGGCUUCUUUUGCAUUGCUGGGAUGAGCAAACCCUUCCUUUCCGCCUGCAGCUCUUGGGUUCAAACAGUGGCUUGGGAUGGUAUCAGUGGCUGUGGAAAGAAGGCAUCACAGGAUGUUCCUUUCGGGAAGAAGAUGGGUCAUCCUGGGCUGGACUGUUGUCAUGCAAAUGCUUCAAAACACAAUGGCCACUUAUCACAGGGGCCAGGCAGGCACAUUCCUCACACACACCGUCCCCAGACCUCCAAAGAAAAGAGCAGAAUGGGGGGGAAUGUAACACUUGGAACCUGUGCUCCAGCAAGCACACAAAAUUUCGUGACUUUAUCUUAAUUUUUCUCUUAAAUUUAUUAAUUUUUCUCCCCCUAUUUGUCAAAUAAACACUAAAGCUAAGGGAGAGUACUUGUGCUGGAAGAUUUUGGUCCAGUGUGAUGGUGAUGUGGAGGGUGGUUAAUUUACCUUCUAAUGACUGAGUUGCUGGAGAAUUUGAUUGAGUGUGUAGUUAAAAUGGUUGGGGUUUUUUUGUUUGUUUUUGUUUUUUAUUUGUUCUGGGGUUUUUUUGUUUGGUUUUUUUUUUUUUGGAGGGGGUGUUUUUGGUUUUGUUUUUGUCAUUUUUGCCUCCCUCUUGUUGAUAUUAAAUGGACAGCUGAAAUAGAUCUUAGGUCAGAAAUUCACAGGGAUUGGUGAAGGUGGUUUAUGUCAGUGGUGAUUGUUUAACAACUUCUUUGUCAUUUCCCUUUUUUCUAUGUAAAUUUUUAAUUUUCAUGAUUUUAUUAAACAAAGUGAAAACUGCAGUCUGGGCUAAACUUGGAAUAGCUUGAGGAGUGCUGGUCUUGAGGGGGAUGCAGUGAGUCAGGGAUGAGUACUCAUCUCUAGUUGAGCAAACUCCUGCUGAAGAGAACUUAAGAGGCCCAUGGAUAUUUAAUUAUUUUAACUCAGAUUUCAAUUCUUCAGUCCUAGUCAAACUCAGCUAGAUUUGUGGGCUCUUUGUGGCUCUUUGUUAAGGGUAUUUGGGUCUCUCUGACCAAAAAAAAGGAGACCAAAGAAUUGCUGUCCAGCCCUUGAAAUACUGCUCUUUUUUUUUUUAUUUGUUCAUCUAUCCCUCUACCCAUUAAAAUAGGCAUAAUUAGGAUUUAACGUGGAUGUUGGAAAUUACAACCCUGGUGCUGGAUUCUGCUGCUGUGUGUGUUAAAAUAAACCAAGAUAAGGAAAGAAAAAGCCUCCUUUUGUGAGUGGUUCUGGUGUGUGAGACUGGAGCAGAGCUGCUCUUUUGGUGAGCUCUUGAGAGAUGAGAUGUGGUUACCUGCCACCUUGUUUUUGUGUCACUGCUGUCAUUCUGACUGAGCCUGUCUUCUCAAGUGUGCUGUUGCUUGUGGUGAGUAUGGAUGAAUAUAUUUAUAUAUACACAGUACCUGCUUAGUUGGUGAUGCAGCAAAGUUUGGAAGGCAGUGGCCAACGGAGUAAUCUUCUUGUUUUCUUCUGUGCUGUGAGACAAGUGGCACCACGAAGACAAAUAAAAAAAAAUAAAUAAAAUGUCAAUGUGAACAAAUUUGGAAUUAUUUCUCUCUGUAUUUGAUUGGAAGCUCUGAUUUUUGCAUUCCAGUUUCUCCCCUCCCUUUUGUCUACAGCUGGGUGGCUGGGGCUGCAGGAUGUGGGACCUCUGAAGCCUCGCUUCUAUCAUGGCUCAGCUAAAUAGCUUGACAAGUGUAAAAAAUGUAACAAAUGGCUGAUGGAAAAUCGAGAGCAGCCAGACAGCUCUCAGCCUGGUUAAUUAGCUCCUUGACUGCUGAAUUGUUCCUGCCCCGUCAUAUGGCUGCGGCUUGCAGCCCUGCGAGAAAGGGUUUGGCUUCCUGGCCAGGAGCGUGCAUCCCAAAAGUUGAAUUAAUGUAACUUGAAGUCAGUGUGGACAGGUUCCUUUUGGUCUAAAUGACCUUUUAUCUUUGCUGGGGGCGGGCAGUGGGGAGAAAGCAUAUCGGCUUUCAGCUGUGUCAGGUCAUGCAGAGGCCAAGUUCUCUUGUCUGUGAUCAAGCAUAUGGUGUGAAACAGCCCAGUGUGCAACAGCACCGGGGCAGAGGAGCACUCCAGCAGCCCUUCUGUAGGUAAAUGUGACCCAAGGCCAUGUUCUGCCAUGCAGGAUGGGUGUGUUUAACCCUUCAGUGGCUCCCGGUGUGUUUCCAUCCUGGUAGGUUGGGAAGGAGCUGUUGCUGCUCAAGAGAGCGCGGGUUUCUCCUGCCAGAGCACCCGUGCAUGUGUGAGACCUGAAAUAUCUGGCUCCAAGGACUUCACUGUAUUACUCACUGGGGCUGCUGAGAGAGUGAGUCAGUGUGUUUGGGUCUUUUCAUGAAUAAAUGAGUAAACCUGAAUUAUUUUAAAAUGAUCAGAUUGCAGAGCUGAUAAAAACUACAAUGAACUUUCCGUUCCACGCCCUCUACCAGAGUUCUGCUCUCCUUCCACCGUGGGGCAGGGGAGCGGGGGGAAGACAAAGAUUUUCAGUGUGUUGUUCUCCCAAGGAACCACAUCAAAAAACCUGCUGAGGCUGUAGUGUAGUCAGAAAAUGUCUUUCAGACACUCAGAAGUUGCUUGGCAAGAUGUCAGGCAGGUUGACCAAAGGUUGCACGAGCUGCGCUCCUGCAAAAUGAACUCGGAAUGGUCUUUGCCCUCCAUGGUUCUUCAGUGCUUCCACAGGUUCACCAGUUGGUGCACAGGAAUAUGGUUUGCUUGCUGGUAUUCUGGUCUUAUCUCUGAAGAUAUUUAUUUUAAGAAUUCAUGUCUACAUAGGUUUGUUAAUACUGUACUGUAAUAUCAGAUGGGCUGCUGAGACCUCAAGGGGGUGAGGAAUCUAUUUUUAGUGUGUUUGAAGGGUAGAUGAUGUUUCAGGUUGUGGAAUGACUUUCUAGGGGGCCUGUCACCAUAUACUGAAGUUUUGUAUGUCAUGGCAGUGGAGGCCAGUCAUAUGAUGAUGAGUUAGUAACUUAAAUGGGACAUUAAAAAAAAAAAUCCUGCUCUUUGGGGAAAUUUUAAAGAUAGAUGGAGCUAAAAUGUCACACUGCCUGUUCUCAUGCUUUUCUCCUUGAUGUGCUGAAGACAUCUAAUCCUCUUUACAGGUGAAUUAAGCAGUCUGCUUAUGAGCUGAAGGCAAUACCUGCUGAUCUGUUGACAUCCAGAUUGGAGGGUUAUUCAUGUCUCAGUAAGACUUUUAGUAAUGGAUGACCACAAGAACAUUUUAGCUGCCCAGGUGGUGUGAAGAAGACGGUUUGUGAUCUCCUUCCACAUCAGAAGCUAGUCACAUGUAGGAAGUUGGAUAGUAGCAGUGCCGUCCCCUUUGAGCGUGUUUGACACCCCAGCCUGCAGAGGUUUGGAGCUUUAGGUUGAAAAGAUCCAGCCUCAGACAAAUGCAUGUGUGCAGCAAUCUGAGAAGUGAACCCAGUAGUACUUUUGAAGCACUGCACUGUGGUGGCAGCCACAAAGAAUAGAUUUUAAUGGUUUAUUAUAGUUAGAUUUUACGUGGAUUUGCUUCCUUUUUCCUUUGGAAGACAGCAAAACUGCAACUUUUACAGGAAUCUUCUUACAUUCCUGGGAUUUUGUUUGGUGUACAGGCAUGUGCAGUUUAUUUAUUUAUUUUGUAACUGCUCACUGCCACUGUUAGGAAUGUUAACAAAGGCUUUUUAAUAGGUCAGACCUCACCACUGUUGCAUUUUCAUAGUUACCGUAGUGCAGUUGGUAGAUAAUAGAUAGUGGGGAGCUAAAGCCCUUAUGCUCUAAGAGCUCAUUCAUGUGAACAGUCGCUGUUCCCUGAUUCUGAAUUUUCACUGCAGCUACUUGUGUGAGUAAACAUUUGAAGAUCAGAUCCUUAGCUGCAUGGAGUAAUUCUUGUGGAGCUUUUCAGGGAGGCGUUUGAAAAUUACAUCUUGAAUUGAGGAUGCCCUUAACUUUCAACAGCUUCCACCUACAUACAUGAGAUGCUCAUUUGUGGUUGCAUGUGAGGGCAUGGCUGUAGCAGAUUUGCAAGAUUCAGCGGAAGCAUAUGCAUUAGAUAAUUCUUUCACUUUCGUUCGUGCGCUCCUUCUUUCGUUCUCACUCUUUGUAUUUUGACAGCAGGAGCAUGUAUGUUAUAAAUACUCAGCUUUGACUUCAAUUAGUGCUGGCAUGUCCCUGAAGUAGUGUUUCAUGUGACUUUGCAGAUGUUCUAGUGAGAACAUUCCUGCUGCUGUGUUGUCUGUGGAUGAUGUUCAUGUGUUCUGGAGCCCCAUCACUAGCUGGUAGUUUUGGAAGCCAUUUCUCCCCCUCAUUUUUUUCCUCUUAAUUAAGGGAUUGGCUUGAAUACGUACUAGUAUGGUAACGGUUUGUUGAAGACAAGUGUUUUGGAUCAGGAAAAAUGCAACCUAGGUCCUUUUACAACGGCAGAAGUGUGUACCUUUGUGUGUGUGUACAUAACACAAGUUCCUAUCCAUGUGGCUCAUGCUGCUGUGGUGGUUCAUCUGGCAGAUCAUUUAAAUAUUUACUCCAAAAGAGCUUGUUCUCUGUUGGUGUGAAGCAGCAUUUCCAGAUAUUUUUAGGUCAUUUUCAUUUUAGCAACCCUGUUGGAGAUAAACCAGAUAUGAGGGCUCCAGACCGUCCCUGCGUUUUGGUAGAGAUUAAUAAAAUAAAACUUAAUGGUUUGAUCCCAUGGGGAGAGAACAGGCCAUCUGGUUAACAGAAGGUUAGGCAAAGCAGUGCAGCACUGGGAGUGCCAUAAACCAACCCAGAAUAUCUGGUAGUGUGUCCAGUUGCUGCGUGUAUUAAGCGUUGAAAUGGUGCUCUCGGAUCUGCAGAGCCAGCAGUUCUGUUACCACUGCUGUGACGCAGGAGAUAAUUCUGUUGGGCAAGCAUCAGCAUGGGGGUGGAUCUACAGCACAGGAUGUGUAAUGUCAACAUGAAGCAUGGGAGCUGGCAGUAAGAAGGAAAGCAGCCAUUUCAUGCCAGUGCAGGAAGCCCAGAUAGAUUUUUUUCCUUCCCCUCCUCUGCAUCUUGUCCUUUUGUGCUGCUUUCAUACUUCGUAUUAAACAGUUACCUUCUGCUUUGUCAUCUGGAAACUUCAGCCCAACAGGGUUUCAUUUCUUCCUCUCUUGCUGAACCUGUGGGGUCUUUUUCCUUGCUUUUUGUUUUUGUUUUGGUUUGGUUUGGUUUUUCGUUUUGUGUGUGUAUUCCUUUUAAAAAAAACAUACAAAACAAAUAGCAAUGAAGUGCGCUCCAAAAGCACGUCUGAUGGAUUAUAAAAGGGGCUAGGGGGAGGCUGAAGGGCUGAGCAGAUCUGGAGAAAGAGAAGAGUUCAGUCAUGUGCAAGUCCUGAGCUUCAGAUGAAGCUCCGUUGUAGAUCCUGUUGGCUUUAGUGCAGACACAGUUUGUUCAAAAGCUGUAACCAUUUGAGAACAUUGAGCUGCAGCUGGGACACGCAGAAGGUAUGAAAUGCUGUGAUACUGUGUAGACCUUGAAACUCUGUAAUUACUAAGAAGCUGUAGAAAGCUACUGUAACUGUUCCUGCUUUCUUUUUACCAGAAAUGAACUUUUAGAAUGCAUUCGUCCUAUUUGGCUAAUGCGUGACACCCUUCUUGGUUGUUUGUUUUGUUUUGUUGUUUUUUGUUGGUUUUUUUUUUUUUUUUUGAAGAGCCAAAUAUUGUUGCUAGUCUAUCUAUAUCUGCAGAAGAAAGAUUUCUAAAUAAGUUUACAAAGCGUUCAAUGGGCUUAAAAAAUCUGGUGGCAUGGCUUCUGUCAGCUCAGUCACACACUUGGCCAUCUUGGUUUAGGCUUUUUCUUCCACCUGUAACAUUUGGAGAUAUCUUCCUGUAGCUGCAGCCUGGGAAAUUCUGGGAUGCCAAACCUUGCUCCUUGAUGGGCACAGCAGAGCUGAACUUCCUAAUCGGAGCUCUCAUGGUUUCCAUUGCCUGUUCAGCAGGAUCUUCAGAUAAUAUAUUACAGAUCCCCUUGAAUGAAUCCUUGUCUUGGAUGCCGUUCUGUGGCAGCCCUGCGAAAGCAUGACUUUCUUCAUGUGUUCCUAAGAACUGGAGUGGGAGUAGUCAACCCACAGAUUUUUCUAAUGUAAAAGAUCAUCCUGAACCAUGGAGGUCCUGCAGUGUGAUGGCUGCGAUUUUCGAGCUCCAUCUUAUGAAGACCUAAAAGCUCACAUUCAGGAUGUUCACACUGCUUUCCUGCAGCCAACUGAUGUCUCCGAGGAGAGUCCUACUCAGCCAAGGUCUGGUUCCAUCAACGCCAGCAACCAGACCGAGGUUGAAUUUUCUUCUGUAAAGGAUGAAUUCGCAAUUGCAGAUGACAUAGCAGGGCAAAAUGCAACAAGUCAGAUGGGGACUGGAAGUUACUAUAGCCAGAGCCAGACUUUCUAUGGCCAGCAUAUGGCUCCAAAUCCUAAACCUACCAGCAAGUUUUUCCAGUGCAAGUUCUGUGUGCGUUACUUCCGUUCCAAAAACCUCCUCAUAGAGCACACACGGAAGGUUCAUGGAGCACAGGCUGGGGGGAGCUCAGUGGGGCCACCCGCUUCUAGUUCCCUAAAUUACAACAUCAUGAUGCAUGAAGGGUUUGGUAAAGUUUUCAGUUGCCAGUUCUGCACCUACAAGUCACCCAGGCGUGCGAGGAUUAUUAAGCACCAGAAAAUGUAUCACAAAAGCAACCUGAAAGAGAGUUCAGCUCCUGCUGCUGCUGCUGCUGCUGCUGCUGUGUCUGAAUCAACGUCUGCUUCUGUGCCAGUGCAGGAACCCUGCAAGGAGCUGCCGGCAGAGGUGGUGGAGCGGAGCAUUUUGGAGUCGAUGGUCAAGCCCCUGACCAAGUCUAGGGGCAACUUUUGUUGUGAGUGGUGCAGCUACCAGACACCUCGGAGGGAGCGCUGGUGUGACCACAUGAUGAAGAAGCACCGCAGCAUGGUGAAAAUCCUGUCGAGCCUGAGACAGCAGCAGGAUGGAACCAGCGCACCUGAGGUGCAGAGUAAGAGUGCCCAGAGUGCCUCUCCAAACUCGAAUUACAUGUCCAUGAACACAACAGGACGUGAGAUGUCGAGUGCUAAUGUCUCAAACUUCAGGGGAUCUAUGGGCAAUUCACUUAUCAGGCCCAACUCUUCUACAUCUUCAAAGUUUUCUUCUGUGUCUUACCCUCAAAUGAAGCCUAAGUCACCUCACAACUCGGGCAUGGUUAAUUUGUCUGACAGAUCCCGCUAUGGAAUUGCUGAUAUGACGAAUUCUUCUGCUGACCUGGAAACAAGCAGUAUGCUAAAUGACUCCAGCUCAGAUGAAGAGCUAAAUGAAAUGGACAGCGAGAAUGGCUUAAACUCCAUGGAUCACCAGACCUCAGGAAUGUCUGCAGAGCAGCUGAUGGGAUCUGAUGGCAACAAACUAUUGGAAACAAAGGGAAUUCCCUUCAGAAGAUACAUGAACAGGUUCCAGUGUCCUUUCUGCCCUUUCCUGACGAUGCACCGCCGAAGUAUUUCCCGUCACAUCGAGAACAUCCAUCUGUCUGGGAAGACGGCUGUGUACAAGUGUGACGAGUGCCCCUUCACCUGCAAGAGUUCUCUGAAGCUCGGUGCCCACAAGCAGUGCCACACGGGAACGACAUCCGACUGGGACACCAUGAACUCCCAGGCUGAGAGCAUUGCCUCGUCCCUGAACGACAGCACGGUGUCCUACGAGAGCGGGAGUAUCAACGGCAGGAAGUCAGCUGGGAUGAUGGAACCCGUGCAGCCGCAGCCGCCGCAGCCGCAACCGCAGCAGCAGCAGCCGCAGCAGCCGCAGCAGCAGUCACCCCAGCCCCAUUCACAGCACCCAUACAAGUGCACGUUGUGCAACUAUUCCACCACCACUUUGAAAGGCCUCAGAGUCCAUCAGCAGCACAAGCAUUCCUUCUGUGACAACUUGCCAAAAUACGAUGGGCCGCCAUCAAACGCACCGCAGGAGAGCGAGGCAGAUGCUCACCCCUCUGCCAGCACGGUGAAGAAGAGCCAGACCUCCAUCCUUGGGCUCUCAUCUAAAAAUAACUUUGUUGCAAAAGCCCCUAGGAAGGUCUCUAAUGACUUCCCUUUAGAUCUCUCUCCCGUGAAAAAGAGAACUAGAAUUGACGAAAUAGCGAGCAACCUGCAGAGCAAGAUCAGCCAAAACAAACAGCAGGAGGAUGCUGUGAUUAACGUAGAGGAUGAUGAGGAAGAGGAGGAGGACAAUGAGGUGGAGAUAGAGGUGGAGUUAGACAGAGAGGAAGAGCAAACAGAACCAAUGCUAGAGGUUUCCAGUUCUUACGCACCCCAGCAAAUGUGGGGCAGAGAGGCUAAUGAUUCCCAGAAGGAGGCGAGCUUCAGGAGCAUGCAGCACGACUACAAUUCCACCAAUGGGGCGGAGAUUGAGCUCACUUUGUCUGAGGAUGAGGAGGACUACUACUCUGCUGUCAGCAUGAAGGACCAUCAGAGCCCUAAUGCCUCUGUUCUGGGCAGCCAGUCCAACAUGUACGGUACCGACCAGAACAACGAGAAUUCGGAGUUCAGUGACUCUGGCAGGCUUUACUAUUGUAAACACUGUGAUUUCAGCAACAAAUCUGCCAGGAGUGUUAGCACCCACUACCAGCGAAUGCAUCCUUACAUCAAAUUCAGCUUUAGGUACAUCCUGGAUCCCAAUGAUCACAGUGCAGUGUACCGGUGUCUUGAGUGCUACAUUGACUACACAAAUUUUGAAGACCUGCAGCAGCAUUAUGGAGAGCAUCAUCCUGAAGCUAUGAAUGUACUGAACUUUGAUCAUUCUGAUCUGAUUUACCGCUGCCGCUUCUGCUCUUACACAAGCCCAAAUGUUAGAAGCCUGAUGCCACAUUACCAAAGAAUGCAUCCCACAGUGAAAAUUAACAAUGCAAUGAUAUUUUCAAGCUAUGUUGUUGAGCAGCAAGAAGGGCUGAACACAGAGUCUCAGACACUGAGAGAGAUCUUGAAUUCUGCUCCAAAAACUAUGGCAACCUCCACCCCCGUGGCUCGCGGGACUGGUGUGCCAGCUGGUUUUAACAAAAGUGCCACCAAGGGUUUCAGUCCCGAAUGUGAAAAUCAGAAGGAACCUUCAGUCAACACUGUGGUUGUUUAUGACUGUGACGUGUGUUCAUUUGCAAGCCCUAACAUGCAUUCAGUUCUGGUGCACUACCAGAAAAAGCACCCCGAAGAAAAGGCCUCAUAUUUCAGGAUCCAGAAGACCAUGCGCGUAGUCUCUGUUGAUAGGGGCUCUGCCCUCGCCCAAAUGUCGUUUGAGCUGGGCGCUCCCAUCUCCCCGAAACUCUCCAGCUUGGGUUCUCAGCCUCCACCACCCCCGCCACCACCCCCAGACCUCUCUACUGAGCUCUACUACUGCAAACACUGUUCCUACAGCAACCGCUCCGUUGUGGGGGUGCUUGUCCACUACCAGAAGAGGCACCCGGAGAUCAAGGUCACAGCCAAGUACAUCAGGCAGGCCCCGCCGACCGCAGCCAUGAUGCGGGCAGGGGAGCUGCCCCCCGGCAUCCAGAGGCCACCGGUGUCCAUGCAGCCCCUGGGCCGCGGUGGCUCCGAGAGCUCCGUGAACCCUCCGGAGAACGAGAUGUUCUUCUGCCAGCACUGUGAUUACGGGAACAGGACCGUGAAGGGCGUGCUCAUCCACUACCAGAAGAAGCACCGCGACUUCAAAGCCAACGCGGACGUGAUCAGGCAGCACACGGCCACCAUCAGGAGCCUUUGUGACCGCGGCCAGAAGAAAUCGGCUGGCAGCCUGCCUGCCCACACCUCCGGCACCGAGCGGGACAAGUCCAAGCUGAGAGCCCUCAAGUGCAGGCAGUGCAGCUACACCUCCCCUUACUUCUAUGCAUUGAGGAAGCAUAUUAAGAAAGACCACCCGAAUCUGAAGGCCACGGUGACAUCCAUACUGAGGUGGGCGUUUCUGGAUGGCUUGAUAGAAGCUGGUUAUCACUGUGAAUGGUGCAUUUAUUCACACACAGAGCCCAGUGGCUUGCUUGUGCAUUACCAAAGGAGACAUCCCGAGCAUUAUGUUGAUUAUACCUACAUGGCAACCAAACUCUGGGCAGGUCCCGAUCCUUCCCCUCCUGCCCUAGUGAUGCCAACAGAGAUGAAGACCUACAAAUGCAGAGACUGCAUUUUUGAAGCAUCUUCUAUUUGGGAUAUUACCAAUCAUUACCAAGCAUUUCACCCUUGGGCCAUGAACGGAGAUGAAUCUGUGUUGUUAGAUAUCAUUAAGGAGAAAGAUACUGUUGAGAAAACCAUGCCACAGCCUGAUGAAGGUGGGGUCAGGAUGGAAUCUGAAGACCAGAUAGCAGCACCACAGAUGGAUCAGGAUGCAGAGUGUGCAGAGGAUCCCAGCCUCUCCCAUGAAAAAACUGUCCAGCUGGCUUCUGCAAAUCCUGCCAUCUCCUCCACUCCAUACCAGUGUACAGUGUGCCAGUCUGAGUACAAUAACCUGCAUGGCCUUCUGACACAUUAUGGCAAAAAGCAUCCUGGUAUGAAAGUGAAGGCAGCAGACUUUGCUCAGGAUAUAGACAUUAAUCCGGGGGCUGUGUACAAGUGCAGACACUGCCCCUAUAUUAACACACGUAUUCAUGGCGUCCUCACACACUACCAGAAGCGGCACCCAUCGGUAAAAGUCACUGCUGAAGACUUUGUGCAUGACGUGGAGCAGUCGACUGACAUAGCUCAGAACGACGUGGAAGAGACAAGCAGGAUUUUCAAGCAAGGCUAUGGUGCUUACCGCUGCAAACUCUGCCCCUACACCCACGGAACCCUUGAGAAGCUGAAAAUCCACUAUGAGAAGUACCACAAUCAACCCGAGUUUGAUGUUUUUGCCCAGUCACCACCAAAGGUGUCUGCCUCAGUGGAGCCAGACAUGGUGACUGAAAUCAAGGCCUCCCCAGAAAUUGCUGCUGAGGAUGUUGGAGAGGUCUCCAUGCCAGCGCCUCAUUUCUCAAGUUCUCACUUAGUGUCUCACACAGUUUUCCGGUGUCAGCUCUGUAAAUAUUUCUGCUCCACCCGGAAGGGGAUAGCAAGACACUACCGCAUCAAACACAACAACGUCCGGGCGCAGCCAGAGGGCAAGAACAACCUCUUCAAGUGUGCUCUGUGCUCCUACACCAACCCCAUUCGCAAAGGGCUCGCGGCACACUACCAGAAAAGACAUGACAUUGAUGCUUACUACACUCACUGCCUGGCAGCCUCCAGGACAGUAAGCGACAAACCCAAUAAAGUGAUCAUUCCAUCUCCUCCCAAGGAUGACACUCCUCAGCUCAGCGAGGAGCUGAGGAGGGCUGUAGAGAAGAAGAAGUGCUCGCUCUGUUCCUUCCAGUCCUUCAGCAAGAAGGGCAUCGUGUCCCACUACAUGAAGCGCCACCCCGGUGUUUUCCCUAAGAAGCAGCAUGCCAGCAAGCUGGGGGGAUAUUUCACUGCUGUGUAUGCUGAUGAGCAUGAAAAACCAGCUCCAGCCGAGGAGAGGAAUGACUUUGAAAAGCCUGAGGUGGAGGCUGAGGCUCAGGAAAUCGAGUGGCUUCCCUUCAGGUGCAUUAAAUGUUUCAAGCUGUCCUUCAGCACGGCAGAGCUGCUGUGCAUGCAUUACACUGACCACCACAGCAAGGAUUUGAAGAGGGACUUUUCCAUACUUGGAAGCGGCACCCGCUCUCAGAGCCCAGUCUACCAGUGCAAGCACUGUGAUACGAAAUUGCAUAGCACGGCAGAGCUGACUGCACACUUGAAUGGUCACAAUGAGGAAUUCCAGAAGCGUGCCAAACGUCAGGAGAGGAGGAAGCAGCUUUUGAGCAAGCAGAAAUAUGCAGAUGGUGCUUUUGCAGAUUUCAAACAAGAGAGGGCUUUUGGACACUUGGAAGAUGUUUCAAAACUCAAGGAGAGGAAGGUGGUUGGCUACAAGUGCAAGUUUUGCGUGGAAGUCCAUCCAACACUUCGAGCCAUCUGUAAUCACCUCCGCAAGCAUGUCCAGUACGGGAAUGUCUCUUCUGUGUCGGCCACUGUAAAGCAGGAAGCUGAAGAUCCUUCAAACACAGCUUUGAUGGAGGGUUUUGAGGGAGCCAAAGACCCUGGCAUUAUGGAAUUUACAGAAGCUGACUAUGGAGCAUCCCUGGAAGAUGAAGCCAGGCCUGGGGGCUACCACUGCAGCCAGUGUGACCGGGUUUUGAUGUCUAUGCAGGGUCUGCGAUCCCACGAGAGGAGUCACUUGGCUCUGGCCAUGUUUGCCCGGGAAGACAAGUACAGCUGCCAGUAUUGCUCCUUUGUCUCUGCUUUCAGGCACAACCUGGACCGCCACAUGCAGACCCACCACGGGCACCACAAGCCGUUCCGCUGCAAGCUCUGCCCCUUCAAGUCCUCCUACAACAGCCGCCUGAAAACCCAUAUCCUCAAGGCUCACGCUGGUGAACAUGCCUACAAAUGUUCCUCCUGCUCAUUUUCCACCAUGACAAUCAGCCAGCUGAAAGAGCACUCCUUGAAAGUGCAUGGGAAAGCACUGACACUACCAAGACCCCGCAUUGUCAACCUUGCAGCCUCACACGCCCACCACACCUCCAAGAACCACACUCCUGCUGAAGAAGUGGAGGACUCUAAUGACUCUUCAUACUCGGAGCCUCCUGAUGUUCAGCAGCAGUUGAACCACUACCAGUCUGCAGCUUUGGCCAGGAACAACAACAACAUCAGCCCAAUCCCACUUUCUGGGAGUGCUGCAGGAGUGGAAAAAGCAGAAGCCAUCCUUAACUGUGAAUUUUGCGAAUUCUCUUCGGGUUACAUCCAGAGCAUCCGGCGCCACUACCGCGACAAGCACGGAGGGAAGAAGCUCUUCAAGUGCAAAGAUUGUUCCUUUUACACAGGCUUUAAAUCUGCUUUUACUAUGCACGUGGAGGCCGGGCAUUCGGCAGUCCCCGAGGAAGGACCCAAAGACCUUCGCUGCCCUCUCUGUCUCUACCACACCAAAUACAAACGCAACAUGAUCGACCACAUAGUUCUGCACAGAGAGGAGAGGGUCGUUCCCAUUGAAGUCUGCCGUUCCAAGCUGUCCAAGUACCUGCAGGGAGUUGUUUUCCGCUGUGACAAGUGUACCUUCACCUGCUCCAGUGACGAGAGCUUGCAGCAGCACAUAGAGAAGCACAAUGAACUGAAACCUUACAAAUGCCAACUCUGCUACUAUGAGACCAAACACACAGAGGAGCUGGAUGCUCACCUUCGAGAUGAGCACAAGGUGAGUCGUAAUUUUGAGCUGGUUGGACGGGUUAACUUGGACCAGUUGGAGCAAAUGAAAGGGAAAACAGAGAGCUCUAGCAGUGAUGAAGAAGAAAAAGAAGAAGAGUUAAGCCCCAAGGCUCAAGAGAGAGAUCCCAUGAUGUUUCCUGACAGCAGUGCUCCGGAGAAACGCUUUCCGUGCGAGUUCUGCGGCCGAUCCUUCACCGAGGGCUCCGAGUGGGAGCGGCACGUGCUGAGGCAUGGCAUGGCGCUGAACGAGAGCCAGCACAGGAGCGGCGAGGACAGCCAGCCCAAGGAGGACGUGGAGGACACGGCCAGCACGCUGCCAGAAGAGAAGGAAGGCAUCGAGACCAUGGUGCUGGACUACUCCCACGGUGGGGAGACAGCUGUCAGCAUGGUGGCUGCUGACCAACCUCUCCUAGACACCCCGGAGGCCAAAAACGAAUGAGAAUAAGCGUUUGGUGUGGUUCUAAUCGACAGUACUUGAACAGUGAUGAGCUGGGCGGGGCGGGCAGGGCGGGCAGAAGGAAGAAAUAAAGCUGCUUUUAGGACUGAAUGAUCUAUUUUCAAAGCACUGGUACCUGUGUGAGUGUGUGUAUAUUAAAGUUAUUUAAGUGAUGGAAUAAGUGGCUCCAUUACAUCACUGCAUCUUUGUUUUCCUCCUGGAUCCUCCUGGAUCCCCGACGAUGGGAAGUUAUGCUCAUCUUUGGACUAAUGAAGCAACUCCCCGUGUUUUUCCUACAUUACACAUCGUGCUUUGCAGUGGAGACUUCGAUUGUUUUAUGAGUGGAAGCGUCGUGAGCGUGGAAGAAGUGGUAGGGGGACAACUUUUGGACGCACAAGUUUGUGUGCGUUUUUCUAGUUUUAAUACAUAACGCUUUUCCAGACUGAAAGCAACUGCUUUAGAAAAGACAAAAAAAAAAAAAAAAAAAAAAAAGGAAAAGAAAAAGAAAAAAAAACCACAGGGAAAAAAAAAAAAAGGAAAACAGAAAAAAAAAAAAAAAACAAAACAGAAACUGCUUUGCUUAAAACAGUCACCUGUUUCCUAGUACCUCAGAAUUAACCAAGGGAGAUCUCUGCAUUUGUCAGUACUACCUGUUGUUGUUGUGGUUAAAUGUAGAGAGACUGCUGGGCAAGGUGGUGAAUGGAGGAAGAAAAAAAAAAAAAGUUUUAAAGAAAGGAAAAACAAAUUGUGCUUAAAAUCCCAGUGUGGGUUUUAUUUCUUAAAAUACUGUGAUUUUUUUAAUUAUUUUAGUAAAAAAAAAAAACAAAAAAAAGAGAGAGAUACUUUAAUUCCUAGAUAACUGUUUGUGAAUUGUCAUCCUUUAUUCCAGGUAAGCUGUUUGUUAGUAUUCAGUUAUAAUUUUAGUAUUUGGUAGAUUUCAUGUGACUGAUUGUGCAGUUUUGUUUGCCACACGUUUUGUUUUCUAUCAGCCUGAGGUGUUACAAAUACAGCACAAUUAAGUUUCUCAUGUAAAAAUGAGUAUUUCUUUUUGAGUGGGGGACAGGGAAAGGAGACUAGAUCUUGUGAAUAGAACCUUUUUUUUGUUGUCGCUGUCGUCGUCGUCGUUGUCCUCGUUAAUUUUAAACAUAUGGAGAUAACAAAGAAGUUUUAACUUUAAAAAAAAAAAAACUAAAGAACCAAACUUACAGCACAGCUAUGCAGCUCAUGGGCCAAACACAUGGGUCCUCAUAACCGUUCUGUUGCUUGUCAUAUUAACAUCUAUCAGUCUCACAACUGUAAUUUUUUGUUGAGAUUGGCUGCCUUUUUUUUUCCUUUUUUUUUUUUUUUUUUUAAAUUCAGUCUGUGGUUUGUGCGUGGGUUUUUGGUUGUUCCUUUUUUUUUUUUGUUUGUAUUUCUGUUUUGGUUUUUUUUUGUUGUUUUGGUGUGGUGGGAGGGAGGGGUGUCUGUUAACACAUCUUUUUGCAAGCGGAGGUGAGUUGGUUACACACGACAUUGAGCCUGGAGAACUACUUUUAACUCGAUUCAGUGGAUGGAGUUGCUGAGUUUUUUUCCCCUCCUCCUUAGCUUUUUAGCAUGAGGGGAGCAGUGUAGAAUGGAUAGGAAACCUGCAUACCUUAAGUGGCUGAUCCUGCAACUACCCCUUGGGUAGAUAAGCCUAUUUAAACUCAAUUUGGGGAUUUUGCCUGAGCGGCCAACACAGGAUCUGGUGCCCAUGGUAUGUUCCGAUUGUGAACAAAAAAAGAAGAGAAAAAAAAAAAAAACUAAAAUUAUUAAAAAAAAAAAAAAAAGAAAAAAAAGAGAAAAACGAGAAAAGAAAAAAAAAACUGAAAAAAAAGUUU